AUGCGUCCAAUAAUUAAUGCAAACAAUCGCAAAUUGGUCAGUUUGAUAGCACUCAUUCUUCAAACAACUGGCAUAGUCCUUUUACUACGUUAUUCGCGUACAUGGAAAGCAGAACCAUACAUAUCAUCAACAGCUAUUGUUGCUUCAGAAUUUCUUAAAGGAUUUAUUUGUCUGAUUCUUGUUUGGUUUGAAACAGAUUGUUCGUUUGUUCGAUUGGCGAAAAAGUUAAACGAUGAAAUCUAUAGUAAACCAGUUGAAACGUUUAAAUUAACAAUACCAAGUGGACUGUAUGCAAUUCAAAAUAAUCUUCUUUUUAUUGCAUUAUCUUAUUUGAAUGCUGCUACGUAUCAAGUGACAUAUCAAUUAAAAAUUUUAACAACAGCACUUUGUUGUGUUUUUAUGCUUGGCAAAAAAAUCGAUAAACAUCAAUGGGUAUCAUUGUGUAUGCUUGCCAUUGGUGUUGCGUUUGUUACAUGGCCAUCAUCCGAUGAAGCAGCUAAACGUGCAUCAACACAAAUUCAAAAAUCAUGGGCUCAACAAUUUAUUGGUUUCGGUGCUGUUUUAAGUGCAACAUUAACAUCGGGUUUUGCCGGUGUUUAUUUUGAAAAAAUACUUAAAACUGGACCUACUUCUGUUUGGGUUCGAAAUAUUCAAUUAGCUAUAUUUGGCACUAUUUUCGGUUUAGUAAUUGUUUUUCUAUUCGAUGCAAGAGCUGUUAUGGACAAAGGCUUUUUUCAAGGAUAUUCAACAGUUGUAUGGAUGGUUAUUUUUCUUCAAGCCAUUGGUGGUUUAAUAAUAGCUGCUGUGAUUAAAUAUGCUGACAAUAUUGUAAAAGGUUUUGCAACUUCUCUUUCAAUAAUUCUCUCAUCGGUCGUGUCGUAUUUUGUUUUAAAUGAUUUUACACCAUCAUUAUUUUUCUUUAUGGGCACAAUGUUAGUUAUAACUGCGACAUUUCUCUAUGGAUGGGAAAAGAAAGUGAAAGCAACAUCACCUAAUGAACAAAAACCGUGA